AUGGCGGGCUUGUGGCUGUGUCCUGCCGUGCUGGUGUGUUCGUGUUUUGCUCUUGGCCUCCUGUCGGUGAUGUUUUUGCUCACGAUCAAUCACCCACCGCCGAGUGUAUCGGGUAUCCUCUUUGCUCCAGACACGGUUGGGCACAUCGCUCUUCCUUUGGCAGGUGCCUGGGUCGGCUAUGGUGGCGCGUACGAGUCCCCUGACUACACUGUCCGCAACGGCAUUUGCUCCGUUGAAGGACUGAUCUAUGGAGGCGAGUGGGGCCACUUGGCAACGCUUCCAGAAGACUGUCGUCCUGCUGAUGGAGCAUUGAUCUUCACCGUGAACAACCACGCGAAGCCUGCGCGAGUCAAUGUUGAGUCGAACGGGGAGAUCAGGUGGAUAGCCGGAGGCAACAAUCAUCACUUUAUCAGCCUAAGCGGGAUCGUCUUCUCGCCAACUGCCCUUGGCUACGCUAUUCCACUGGAGAAUGGCUGGAGCAACUACGGCAGCGGAUAUGCCCCCGCGAAGUAUCGCGUGGUAAACGGCAUCUGCUUCCUUGAGGGCUUGAUCAACAAAGGUUCGGCGACGCACGCGGCGACGUUGCCCUCGGAUUGUCGCCCGAAGAAGACGCUGGUUUUCGACGCCAACAAGCAGGAUAAUAUUGACCGGGUGGACGUCGACGUGAACGGUGCGGUCAUGUUCUUUGAUCUGAACCCCGGUGGGUGGGCAAGCCUCUCCGGUGUGCUCUUCGAUGUCGAGUAA